GGCGGAGUACUGGAAGUCAGCGGUAAGCUUGCUUUAUCGUAUCCUCACCUCUACACUAGUUUUCUCGUGCCGCUAACAUCGGCCAGCCCAAAUAUUGGUGCAAGCAGUGCAAGAUCUUUAUCCGCGAUACUGCCUUCGAAAAGUCUCAACAUGAGGCCACGGCCAAGCAUCAGGGCAACCUCAAACGAUUCCUUCGCGACAUUCACCGUAACAAUGAGCAACAACAGCGCGAAGCUCAGAGAGCCAAAAGUGAGGUUGAGCGAUUGCGACAGACAGUGGCCGGUUCCUCGGGCGGAAAAGACGGCGAUGCAGCGCCCUGGAAACGGGCUCCUGCCCCAGCCCCUAAACCUCAGGAGCGACCUGUCUCCAUUGAGGAGAGAAAGCGACAGAUGGCACAGCUAGCAGAAAUGGGCGUUGCUAUCCCAGAUGAAUAUCGCAGGGAGAUGGCGUUGGCCGGAGAAUGGCAGACGGUGGCGGAGAAAGUCGUUCAACCUCAGGAUGAUGCCAAAUCCAGCCAAUCACUAGGCGUACGCAAACGAAAACACGAAGAACGUGAUGAAGAGGAAGAAGCGGCGAAGCGGGAGGCUGAAAGAUUCGUGAGCAAGGGCUGGGGAUCGCGGGUUCGCCAGUACCCGGGCGCGCCAGAAGACACUGAUCUCGACGCACUUUUGGAGUCUACAAAAGAUAUCAAGAAGGCCAAGCCUUCGACGACUAAGGAUCUGGAUCCGAAGCCUGAUCCGACGCUCGAGAAGGAGCCGGAGUCUGCCAAGGGACAGUUCUUGCCGGUCAAGUCGGAAGAGGAUGUCGCUCCGGAAGCUGGUGAGCCGUCGCAAAUCAAGCAGGAAGAAACCGAGGCAGGAUCCUCGACCCCUGCGAUUAAGGAGGAUCCUGAUGAAGCGCCGGCUGCAGGCGUUGUUUUCAAAAAGCGCAAGGCUAAGGUGAUGAGGAAAUAAUGACAAGCUUGUUGAUAAGCUGUCACGAGCUAUGAUGGACUGUCCUAUACGGACAGUCUGCAAUGUGCAGCGUGAUUCACGCUACAACAGUAGCAAUCGAUGCAACUUGCGAAAUAGCGCCUGCCACAACACCGCAGGUUGCUGCCUCCGCUGGAGAUGGGUAAUAGCGAUGCGAUCAGCACGGUCCAUGACAUCACCAGGAAAGAGAGGCAUAUGGAUAGCUAUUCGGACAUGCUAUGAAUACCUCG